UAAAGUUAUACAUGCAAAAGUUGUCCGACGAUGAACAUGAUUUGUAUAUUUCUAUUAAGUGUUGUUGCAUUAAGUACUGCUUACCAUGGUCAAGAUCAUGGUUAUAUGACAGCUUCCUGUAAUUUAUACGACCCGACUAGCAAGAACAGUGUAUAUGGUCAGCUAAACCUGUACCAGAAAUAUGGAAGCCAAAAAGUGUGGAUAAGGGGAAGGAUUUAUGAGCUAAGUCCAGGAUUACAUGGUUUUCAUGUCCAUGCAAAGGGAAAUGUUAGACAAAAUUGUACCAGUGCAGGGGGUCAUUUUAACCCAUUUAAUAAUAAUCAUGGAGCACCGUACGAUGCUAUCCGUCAUGUUGGAGAUCUUGGAAAUGUCGAGGCCAACAUGUUUGGAGUAGCUGAUAUUAAUAUUGUUGAUUACUGGAUAAGUUUAGAAGGAACAUCAGACAGGUCAAUUCUGAACAGAGCUAUAGUGAUUCAUGCUGGUGUUGAUGAUUUAGGAAGAGGGGGAGAUGCAGGAAGUUUGAAAACUGGAAAUGCAGGUGGAAGACUUGGUUGUUGUCAGAUAAAAGCAGCAUGAAUAUGUACGUCCUAUCUGCUUGUUUUUGAUUAAAGACGUAUCAGAAACUUUUUGAAUUAAAUAACUGACAAUUCUAAUAUUGAUAUAGAAAUUGUGUAUGGAGUAAUGUUUUUAUUGACUUUUAUCCGUCGAUACCUUUACUAUGAAAUGGUUUUCACCACUUUUAUGUGAAAUAUUUUUUUUAAUCAGAAUGUUACUCCUGAUGGAAAAAGGAUAAUUAAAAGAUGAUGACAAU